CGAGUAGCGAUGUUGCUAGGGCCCUGUUUUGUAACAAACUUUAGCUUAAUAAAGUAAUGUUGUCAUACGUCAAAGACGGGUUACAUUCGGUUUUCUUUUCUUGUAAUCACAUUUAUAAGACGGACUAAGCUGAAUCUGUCAACAGCUGUCUGCCUAGCUAACUAAUGACGUUAAUGUUACUCUCCUUCGAUGAUGUAUCAUCAAGCCUCGAUUCAAGGAUUUGGUGUAAAUCCAUUCAGCCCAAUGACCUCUCCAGAAAUUGCAUCCUUGUCCUGGGGACACAUGAAGGUGAAGGGUUGCUCAUCAUCCUACAAGGACUGCAAAGUUUGGCCUGGAGGCAGUCGCACCUGGGACUGGAGAGAAACUGGCACUGAUCAUCAUCCUGGAGUGCAGCCAGCUGACCUGGAGGAAGUCUUGAGGAAGGGGGUGAACACACUGGUGAUUGGGAGGGGGAUGAGCGAAGCCUUACAGGUCCCCCCUUCCACCCUGGAAUAUGUGAAGAAGCAGGGUGUGGAUGUGAAGGUGUUUCAGACAGAGAAGGCUGUUAAGGAGUACAAUGCCCUGGUUGAACAGGGAGUAAAGGUGGGAGGCGUCUUCCACUCUACAUGCUGAUGAUGUCAUCAACAGCGGGACAGCCAUAAUUCUCAGUAAAGCUAGCCACCGUAUUUCACAGUUGCUCUUCUGCUGGUUUUAUCAUGAUGAUGACAAGUCCAAGGGACAAAAAGAGAUGUACAAGAUGUAAACUAAGUAACUACCCAGAACCUUUUUGGAACUUUUUGUUUCUGUCAUUGCCAAUAAAACCAAUAAAGUCUGAUAUGACAGCUUGCAAUUAA